CAUACAUCCGCUCUUCGCGUCCUUCAAAAUCUUUGAUAAAAAAGAAAGGAGUCGCCUUGGAGAGAAACAACAAAGGAAGGAGGUGUCGAAUCCGUUUUCUGUUAUGAGAUUUUGCUGCUGACAGAGAGAGAGAGAGUUAGCAAUCGAUUUUGAAAGCCAUAAAGGUGAACACUUUAAUGUAGAUUUAAUCUGGGUUUUUUACGACGAGAUCUAUACGUCCUUCUUCUUGUUUGAGACGGGGUAGAAUGGGUAGAUCAGACGAGAACAAACACGGAGUUAUUGGACCCAUGAAUUCGAGGAAUGGGCAGACAAGAAGAGCACUCAGUAACAUAAACAAGAACAUCAUCCAUGCUCCCUGCGUUGCUGCUGUCAACAAGAGACCAUUGUCCCAGAAGAAUGGGAUAGGUCACAAGAAGAUUCCACCUGUUCCUGUACAUCGACCGAUUACAAGAAAGUUUGCUGCUCAAUUAGCUGAGAACAAUCCCCAAAUACAUAAACAGGAAAACAAGCAGUCAGACUCGAUCUUGGACCAACCAUUACAUAGAAGCGUAACAGAUUUGGAAGAAGAUGAAGACUUUAACGAGCCAAUGUUUGUUCAGCACACUGAAGCCAUGCUUGAUGAAAUUGACAGAAUGGAGGGUAUUGAAAUGGAAGAUUCCAAUGAUGAAAUAGGAGAGAUCGUGAUGGAUAUAGAUUGCUCUGACAAGAACAAUCCUCUAGUUGUUGUCGAAUACAUCAAUAAAAUAUAUGACUUCUACAAGAACAAUGAGUGUCGUAGCUGCGUCCCACCUAACUACAUGGAGAAUCAACCUGACAUUAACGAGAGGAUGAGAGGGAUCCUUGUUGAUUGGUUAAUUGAGGUGCAUUACAAGUUUGAGCUGAUGGAAGAGACCCUUUACCUCACAAUCAACCUCAUAGACAGGUUUCUUGCGGUUGCUAACCAUGUCCCAAGGAAAAAGCUUCAGCUUGUCGGUGUAACAGCUUUGUUGCUUGCUUGCAAAUACGAAGAAGUAUCAGUUCCUGUUGUUGAUGAUCUCAUCGUGAUCUCUGAAAAGGCUUACACUAGAACAGAAAUUCUUGACAUGGAGAAGUUAAUGGCGAAUACAUUGCAAUUCAAUUUCUGUCUGCCAACUCCGUAUGUGUUCAUGAGGAGGUUUCUCAAAGCUGCACAAUCUGAUAAAAAGGCUUCGAGGAGUGGAGCAAGACCUGCGAGUUCUACUCAGGCUACAAUGAAGAAAAGCUUCUGGAGUGUUCGAGGAAGAUGGUUGGUUUGCAUCACAAGGCAGGGACAGGGAAGCUAACAGGUGUUUACAGGAAAUACAACACAUCCAAGUUUGGUUAUGCUGCAAGAACUGAACCAGCUGGGUUUCUUCUGAUCUAAAAAAACCAACGGUUUAGGUCACACUGAAUCAUUGUAAUGACUAAGGGAAAGAGAGAGAGCAACAUAAGUUGCAAUAAGCUCGAGUGACAUUUUGUUUGGUGAUUAGCAUAUAUGACAACGAAUUUCACUUACUGGUGAUUAAGUCUUUUACUCUUUGUAUAAUAAAAC